CGAGCCCAGUCCCGAGCCCAGUCCCGAUCCCGAGCCCAGUCCCGAGCACGGCCCUGCCCGCACGGACACCGCAGAUGCAGCGCUGCGAGGCAGGUGCUCCUCCGGGAGGGGCACGCAUCCUGGCUGUUCCCGGUGAUGCGUAAAGGGAGGAACCGGGGAGGAUCAGGCAGUGUCCUGGGAAGAGCACCGUGCGGCAGGAGACCCCGGUUAUCCACCGCCGGGUAAUGUUCCGGACUGCUCACAGGCUUUGAAUCGCUUAGUUUUCCCGUGCUGAGCGUUCCCGGUGGUAGCUGCUGGAGGAUCUCGCUGUUCUGACUCCAUCCCAGGACGCGCUGGGGUUCCGGGGAUGGCCCGUGGCGAGCUGAAGGCAAAGGCGGUGGUGGGCAGGAAGGAGAAAGCAGCGAACACGUCCCUGUUUGAGGCUGGACUUCCAUUUGAUCCCUCCUCAAAAGCGUGACUCUGGCCUUGUCCCUGAGCUGCUUUGUGCGCUGGUGCCCGUCGAUGCUGCUGGGGAGUGAAGGUGGGCGCAGGGACUCGUGUGUGUGCCCGGGGCGUGCAGCCCCCCUGCUCGCCGGGCCUCACGGGGAGAACUCGACAUACUGCCCAGGGUCACCCCUGUGCUCUUGGGAUUGAUCUGCGAGGGCAGGGCUGGUGUUUGGGGGUGGGAAUUAGGGAGGGAACCCCCCCCGGCUGGGGCUCUGGGCAGCGCUGGGUUUUGCCAGCAGCCCCGGUGCUCCUGUGGAUACUGGAAACGCAGGUGAGCCCGGUGGGAAGGAAUGCUGAUGUCUGACUCCAGCUCAGGAGGCUGAGUGAUUUCUUUAUUAGAACUAUGCUGUAAUACAUUAAUAUACUAUUUACAGGAGAUACUAAAACUACAAACCUACUUUUCUAACUCACGUAUCUAACCAACUCACAACUCGUGACCCUCUCUGAGAGUCCAGCCACAGGUGGGCUGGAUUGGAUUGGAUUGGAUUGGAUUGGAUUGGAUUGGCCACCAGGCCCAAACAAUCCUCACCAGAAUCCAACCAAGCAAUCACCCCAGGUAAACAAUUCUCCAAGCACAUUCCACAUGGGAAAAACAAGGAGCAGAAAUAGAAAUUGUUUUCUCUUUCUGUCCUCUGUGCUGCUGUGUGAAAUAUCCUGAAAGAAAGAGCAAUGUCCUUGCGACAUGUGGAAGGUCACCCGCGUGUGUCAGCAGCGUGUCAGAGGGGCAGCAGGUUAUUGCUGCAAUCAGACUUUUACAAACCUGCAGCAGAGGUUUCCCUCGUGGGCGUGAGGUGACCCACGCUGUCCGGUUUCCAGCACAGCUGCCUGUGACGUGGGUGGUGCUGAGGUCAGCUCUGAGGCAGAGCCUGCAUUUUCACUGCUCCUCCGUGUUCUCCAGACCGCUGGCUUUGAUCCUGUGCCCACGUGGUGGUGGUACACCCAGAGCAGUUAUUGUUUGCCUGUCUUUCAGCUGUCACCUCUUGUCCUCACUGCCAGGUUCACUGCAGCCUGACCGGGACUUCAGCCGUAGGAUCAUACAGCACUUUGGGUUGGGAGGGCACCUUGUCUUGUUCCACCCCUGCCACGGCAGGGACACCUCCCACUGUCCCAGGUGCUCCCAGCCCUGUCCAGCCUGGCCUCAGGCACUGCCAGGGAUCCAGGGGCAGCCACAGCUGCUCUGGGCACCCUGUGCCAGGGCCUGCCCACCCUGCCAGGGAACAAUUCCAUCUUCUGCUGCUGUCGUUCAAUUUGACCCCAGUCCCUUUUCUCCUUCCCUGCAGACUCUCACAAACGGUCUCGUCCCACCUUCACUGUAGCCCUUCAGAGCUGGGAGGCCGCGGUGAGGACCAUGGAUUUCCCAGGGCACUUUGAACAGGUCUUCCAGCAGCUCAACUACCAGCGGCUGCACGGGCAGCUGUGCGACUGCGUCAUCGUGGUGGGCAACCGGCACUUCAAGGCGCACCGCUCGGUGCUGGCCGCCUGCAGCACGCACUUCCGCGCGCUCUUCACCGUGGCCGAGGGCGACCAGAGCAUGAACAUGAUCCAGCUGGACAGCGAGGUGGUGACGGCCGAGGCCUUCGCCGCGCUCAUCGACAUGAUGUACACGUCCACGCUCAUGCUGGGCGAGAGCAACGUGAUGGACGUGCUGCUGGCCGCGUCGCACCUGCACCUCAACUCCGUGGUGAAGGCCUGCAAGCACUACCUGACGACGCGGACGCUGCCGCUGUCGCCGCCCAGCGAGCGCGCGCAGGAGCAGAGCGCGCGGCUGCAGCGCUCCUUCAUGCUGCAGCAGCUGGGGCUCAGCAUCGUCAGCUCGGCGCUGGGCUCCUCGCAGGGCGCAGAGGAGCCGCCCGGCGCGCUGGGCCCGGCGCUGCGGGGCGGGCUGGAGCAGCGCGCCACCUUCCCCAUCCACCGCCUGCACAAGCGCAAGCAGUCCUCCGAGGAGCGCGCCCGCCAGCGCAUCCGGCCCGCCAUGGACGAGCCCGUGGCCGACGUGGCCGCCGAGAGCGGGCAGCCUGUCGUCCACUCGCGGGAGGAUUUCUUCUCUCCGGACUCGCUGAAGAUCGUGGACAACUCCAAGGCCGACGCGGUUGCCGAUAACCAGGAGGACAACACGAUCAUGUUCGACCAGUCCUUUGGUGCUCAGGAGGAUGCCCAAGUGCCCAGCCAGUCAGACAAUGGCGAGGGGAACAUCUCCCAGAUGUCCAUGGCGUCCCAGGCCACGCAAGUGGAAACCAGCUUCGACCAGGAGGCUGCUGCUGAGAAGAGCAACUUCCCUUGUGAAAAUCCGGAGGUCAGCCUGAACGAGAAGGAGCACAUGAGGGUGGUGGUGAAGUCUGAGCCCCUGAGCUCCCCAGAGCCUCAGGACGAGGUGAGCGAUGUCACCUCGCAGGCGGAGGGCAGCGAGUCGGUGGAGGUGGAAGGAGGAGUGGUGAGCGCAGAGAAGAUAGAGCUGAGCCCCGAGAGCAGUGACCGCAGCUUCUCAGAUCCUCAGUCCAGCACCGACAGGGUGGGAGACAUCCACAUCAUGGAGGUGUCCAACAACCUGGAGCACAAGUCUUCUUUCAGCAUUUCAAAUUUUUUGAAUAAAAGCAGGGGAGGUGGCUUUGGCGCCAGCCAAAACAACGACGACAACAUUCCCAACACCACCAGCGACUGCAGGAUGGACAGUGACGCCUCUUAUCUGAUGAGCCCGGAGUCGGGGCCCGCCGGUGGCCACUCAUCUGCUGCUGUCUCACACGUGGAGAACCCGUUCAGCGAGCCCACGGACUCCCACUUUGUGAGGCCCAUGCAGGAUGUGAUGGGUCUGCCGUGUGUGCAGACCUCCGGCUACCGAGCAGCGGAGCAGUUCGGCAUGGAUUUCCCACGCUCGGGCCUGGGCUUGCACUCGCUGUCUCGGGCCAUGAUGGGCUCGGUGAGAGGAGGAGCCGGUGGCUUUCCUGGCUACCGCCGCAUCGCCCCCAAGAUGCCCGUGGUGACCUCCGUGCGGGGCUCGCAGCUGCAGGAGAGCUCGUCGGGGUCGCAGCUGAUGAUGAACGGGGGCGCUUCCUUCGAGGGCGGGCACCUGUCGCAGCCGGGCCCGCCGCAGCUGACCCGCGCCUCGGCCGACGUGCUGUCCAAGUGCAAGAAGGCUCUGUCGGAGCACAACGUGCUGGUGGUGGAGGGCGCGCGCAAGUACGCCUGCAAGAUCUGCUGCAAGACCUUCCUGACGCUCACGGACUGCAAGAAGCACAUCCGUGUGCACACGGGGGAGAAGCCCUACGCCUGCCUCAAGUGCGGCAAGCGCUUCAGCCAGUCCAGCCACCUCUACAAACACUCUAAGACCACCUGCCUUAGGUGGCAGAGCAGCAACCUGCCCAGCAGCUUGCUGUGAGCCGCCGCCCCGGCGCGGAGGAGCCUCGCUGCCGGCGGGGACGCCGCGGCGGGCGGGCGGGCGGGCGGGCGCACACCGGCGUGCCACGGUGCCAAACACAGUCUUGGCUCUGCCAUUGGGGAUAUCCGGUACCUACCUCGCGGGUGUCGCCGCCGGGAGCCGCGCGGCGGGAUGGGGAUGUGGCCCCCCACGGCGGGGGUGGGGAUGCGACCCCCGCGGCGAAGAGCCCCCUUUGCAGGGCAGAGGGGCGACAGCACGGGGGUCUCCUGAAAGAGCACGGUCUGAGAACCAGAAACUGACGUGCGCUUUUCUUCUCUCCUUUUUGUUGUUUUUUUUUUUUCUUCUCUCUAAAGCAUUUUGCAACAGUGGAAGCAUUUAAAUGAUUACUGUAACAUGAGUUGCUGCAUUACGUGAGGAUGGAGGUGCAGACCCCUUACCUUUAAAAGAGAAAAACAGCUUAGGCUGCACCUGUCUGACAUAAUGCUUUAAAAUACGCUACUUACGACAAUAGUUCUAGGAUAAUGAAUGUAUGUUUGGCUGUUUUGUAGUAAAGGACACUGUGUAAUCAAGGUGCUUAAAUUAAAUCCCAGACAAGUAACUUUUGGACUGCCAGGUGUACAUAUAACUUUAAUACAGCAAGAUCUGGAUAUUUGGCUGGUUUUUUUUUUUCCGUAGAAACGAGUAUUAAGUGGUAAGUGAAGUACUGUCUCUUGUUUGUGCUAUUCCUAGCAGUAUUUUAACCAGUUUGUAUCUCCUAUGUUACAAUUCUAUAUACGCAGAAGUUUGAACAGAGCUUGUCUUUGUCUGUUGUUUUGAAGGAGAGGGAAUUUGUGAUGGCUUUUUUCGCCACGUAAGGCAGCAUCGCGCUGUUCCCACAUGCCCAGAGUCCAUCUGGUCCCCGUUACAGUGUGAGCGCAUUGUCUUUUUCUCUUGUCUCCAGGCUUCAGUUUCCUGCCCUGCGCACCGACUUCCCUUCGCACAUCUGUCCUUGGAUCACAUGGCUCCUAGGCCAGGAGCAAUCCUCCUUUGCCAUAUUGCACAGAAUCAUAGAGUAUGCUCUAUGGGAGGGACCCCCAGGAUCACUGUGUCCAGCUCCUGGCCUUGCAGAGGGUCCCCCAACAAUCCCAACUUGUGCCUGACGCUUCUUCACCCCAGGCAGCCUUGGGGUUGUGACCCUGACCCUGGGGAGUUUGUUGGGUGCCAGACCACCCUCUGGGUGAAAAACCUUUCCUGAUAGCCAACCUAAACCUCCCCUGAUUCAGCUGCAGCAGUUUUCCCACUGGUCACGAGAGUGAGGAGAUGUGUACCUGCCCUUCUGCUGCUCCUCAGGAGGACGUUGAAGACGCCGGCGAGGUCUGACCUCGGUGUCCUCUCCUCCAGGCUGAGCAAACCAAGUGCCCUCAGCCGCUCCUCGAAAAGCUUCUUCUCCAGACCCCUCAGCAGCCCCAUGGCCUCCUGUGGACAGUCUCUGACAGCCUCAUGUCUGCUCUAUGAUGGUGCUCAAAACUGCCCCCAGCACCUGGGCUGAGGCUGCCCCAGUGCAGAGCAGAGCAGGAGAAUCCCUCCCUCACCUGACUCCCCCAGGGCGUGACUGGCCCUCCUCGCUGCCGGGCACGGCUGGCUCACAUUCUGUAAAAUCCACUUAAGCUAGUGUCAUAAAAGUACUUUCCCCCUUAUAUUUAAAAAAAGAUAAUGUAAAUUUAAUUUUUUAAAAAUGGCACCGUACACACGCAGCAGAAAUUUGUCGUUUUCCAUGUGAGUCACCUAAAUUUCUUUUUAAUUUCCUCUUCUUUGGUGCCACCGUCACUUAACACUGCCUGCAUUCUCCUUUCUUCCUUGCCAAAGGUGCACACGAACUGUGCUCAGCAUCCUUAAGUUUUAAAGUAAGCUUUCAGAGCAUUUCUGCUGAUGGUAAAUGCUGCUCAGCCGAGCAGGGGCUGGGUCCAGGCUGCAGGGGAGUCCUUUCUGCUCAGGUGAGACAGAGGAUUCCCUGCACCUGCCCUAUCAGUGUGUCGUUUGCACCUUGACCAUCUGAGCAAUGCAGAAACACAGGAGAUGGAUUAAUUCCUUUAAAAUGUUAAUAUCUGGUUAUAGGGUUUACUUAAUGGUAGUAUUUCUGGCUCUUGAUUUUUUUUUUAAGCAUUAAAAUAACACUUUUUGUAAAGCAGUGGGAUAUGCUGUGUUUUGUUUUAAAUAAUUUCAGUAUUGGGGACUAACAGCAUUGAGCUGCAUAAACACUCUCCCAAACAUCAAUAAAAUGCAGUAUUUUGUACUUU